CAUAGAACCACCCGCUCCCCUCUCAGUACGUAGGGCGCGUGGACCUGAGCGCAUUUCUGCAUGACAAUCUAACAACUGAACUCACCCUCCCUUCUAAUCGCCGCUGACCUCACCAAACAGUCAACCUCGUGCCCGGCUCAUCUGCGUGUAUACCGAGGUUUACACCGUGUGGCUUGAAAGAUUCCCAAUGCAUAGGCAGAUACAAGAUCAUUAUUAGUAAAGACCAGUCAUUACUUAACCAAUACAAAUAACAAAAUCCUAUACAGGGGUUUCUCUACUGUUAAACUCAUCACGGCCACCAGCUGAUCGCCAACAUGCAGAAUGAUGAGAUGAAGCAUCGCAUCGCUUGCUUGUGUGGGAAAGCGACACAAGAGGUUGUGCUAGGGGCAGACCCUGCUGUCCUCAAUUUAUGUCACUGUAUGGCGUGUAGGGCAAUCACAGGGCAACUAUAUUCUUCAUACCAUCUCCUACAGACUCGCCCAUUGAACAUUGACCGCUUCUGCGAAUAUAGACAAUCUGCCGUCACAAGCCGAUAUUUUUGUAGGACCUGUGGCGCCCAUGUAUUUGCGCAUCUGAAGCAUACAGGACAGUACUUUGUCGCAGCGGGACUGAUAGUGGAGGGCUCUCGUCGAACCAAAACCAUAUGGCAUUGGCGAAUGGGUGAUACCCAGGAUGGCGGUUUGACUUCCUUUCUUCCCGGUGAAUCCAAGGAAACAGUGUCCGCAUGUUGGCUUGAGCUUAGGUCCAACAUCCAACCCAGCGAUUCCGCCGAAAUAUCGCCGGCGGACGACAAGAGUCAUAGCUUGCGAGCUCGUUGUCACUGUGGGGGCGUUGUGUUCUACAUCACUCUGCCAGACUCCACUUCCAUUAAGCCAUCCUCCCCAUGGCCGGACCUGUUAGUUCCUUACUAUAAGGGCUCAUCGGAAAACGCCCAGGAUGUGAAAUGGUGGCUUCGAGAUAGAAACGCCAGGUAUUUAGCUGGAACCUGUGCCUGUCGAUCAUGUCGGCUGGCCAGCGGAUUCCCUAUUCAAACGUGGGCAUUUAUUCCAAAAUCAAAUAUUGUCAACGCCAGUGGGUCACCUUUAGUGUUCACUGAAACUACGAUGCAGCGGUAUGAAAGCUCACCCGACAUUUAUCGAGAAUUUUGCAACCGCUGUGGUGCAACAAUCUUUUGGCACUGUAAAGAAAGACCGCUAGUAAUAGACGUGAGUGUUGGGUUACUUCAAUCCAACAGCGGCACCAGAGCUGAAGAACUACUGGAAUGGCAUACUGGGAGAGUGAGCUUUGCAGAAAUGGCAGAGGAUCCGCAGUUGAUGCAACGGUUGGAGUCUGGUUUGAAAGAGUGGUCGGAGAAGCAGAAAUUAUGCGCAAAAUGAGGAUUCUACUUAUUGGAAAUCUAAAGGAUUUUCAUUUGGAAUCCAUAUUCUCGUGUAAUUGUUCUCGUCUUCUGUUUCUUUUGCUUUUUUUUUAUGUUGUCUUUAAAAGGUCUCCUGUAGAGUAGAUGUUCUGGUAUUGCGGGCAUCACGCCUUCACCGCCUACCCAAGGAAGAGUAUCUGGUAGGCAAAAAGAAAUAAAAGUGUAAAAUCAUAAAAAAAA